AUGGCUUCCGUACACAAACUCCGUGAUCUACAACCGAUCGAAGCAGCAACACCCUUAGCACUUUUUCUCAGAUAUCGACAUGAGGCUUUGUCAUCGGCGACGAUGAUAUUUCAGUUUCGGAACCUGCGCCGCCCAAGCCGACUAAAUCGUCGUCCGCCAAACCACAGUCUGCAAAGGAAUUUUGUCAGAAAUUCACUAAUGGA